AGGACCGUAGCUACCAUGGAUGAUCAUCGUGAUAAUGAAAUACAGGGAAUUGAUGGAGCUAGUCAUCCUACGGGGGAAUCACAAGGUACCAACACUAGUAAAAAGACCAAAUUCCGUGGUCCGUCAAAAGGAGUUCAAGCCAAAAAGCCUAUGCAUCUUCAGUAUAAUCAAUAUGGAAUCCCCGAUGGAGAAUGGUCAGGAGAAUACGGGAAGCAAGUUGGGUCUUGUGCUGCUAGAAUUAACAUUAAUGUGAAAGAAUAUUCAACGUUAGAUGAACACACAAAGAAGGGGUUUUGGGAGGAGACCAAGCUUCUGUUCCACAUUAUUGAUGAUCCGGCUAAAAGGAGAGAAAAAUAUUUUCAUAUGUGUGUGGCGAAACGCUUUGGAGCUUUCAAGUCCAGGUUAACGCGGCGUUGGAUAACUAAGAAAGAAAAAAUGCCGAAACAUCAGACAAAUGACAUGCCUUGGGACAUCUACCAUCAAAUCACAGAGGAUGAUUGGAAAACAUUUGUGAUAGAACGAAACAAGCCGGAGAUGUUGGUUCGUAGAGAAAAAGCAAGUAAAAGUGCAUUACAAAACAAGCACCCACAUCGCACAGGCCAAAAGGGUUAUGUUAGAAAGAGACCAGAGUGGAUAAAUGAUGGGCGACUACCGCCAGAGGCAGCUUUAACCCUCUCAAGUGGCUCCUCCUCAGUGACCUCAUCACUCACCACAGCGCCAGAUAGAUUUAAGAAGUUUAGAUCAGUAGAGUGGAUCUUGGCUCAUCAAGUUAAAAACAAAGAGGGAAAGUGGGAAGUUGACCCGAAUGAUAAAGAAGCCGUAAAUAUUGCUAAGAUGGCUUUGGAGUACAUAGAAGAAGAGGGAAAAGGAAAUAUUUCAUUCACCCAGGGAGAAGAUGCCCUCACCAAGGCUAUGGGAAAAAAGGAUCACCGUGGGCGUGUCAAGGCAACAGGUGGAGUUAAUGUCGGUUACAAAGUUGCUUUCGGUCCAAUAGACCGAAGUAGUAGAUGUGGCCAUAUUGAACCAUCACCGGAGGCUAUCGAAUCAAUCAGAGCUUCGGUGAGAAGGGAGUUUGAAGAUCAAUUAGAGAGAAAGGUGGCGGAGGCCCUCCAAAACCAACUAGCCACAUUGAAAGCAACCGGUCAACUACACACCCUCUCUACCCCCGCACUUGAUUCUGCUCUUGUAAGUGAUGAGUUUGAUGUUAACCGUGCACUCGUAACCUGUUGUCCGAGUUCAUCGCAGCAACCACGCGAGCUGAAGGCCAUAACUCCAUGUCGUCUUGCCCUUGAGGAUAAAGUUUUGGGUAACAAAGUGAUAGUGGCAGAUGGUAUGGCGUACCCAUUGGAUGGUUCGUUGCACCAACACUUUAGAUCGAUGAAGCCUAGUCAUUAUAAGGUCCAAGUUGAUUGUAUUUACGACGGACAUGAUGAUGACACUCUUCCGGUACCUACUGGAGAUGGAUUCAAUAACUUAGGCAGGGCUCUUGCUAGUUUUGUGCAAUGGCCAAUUCACUUGGUGAUUUUCGAAGAAGACGAGGAGUACUCUACUCCACGCCCAACAAAGAAGUCCAGGAGUCAGAUUUUUGAAGAGGUGGUUGGUAGCUCCAAAGAGAAGAAAAACGAAUUAAUUGUCAAAGAGAAGACAACAGAAUUAGUUGUCAAAGAUAAGACAACAGAAUUAAUUGUCAAAGAGAAGGCAACACUUGAUUUAGGGUCCAAAGAGAAGACAACACUGAAGUUAACGGCCAAGGAAAAUUCAUGCUCAAAUAAGUUGGAGUCGAAAUCGAAGUCGAAGAACUCUAAGACGGCCAAAGAGAUGGUAGGUAGUUGUGAUCGUAAAACUGAAGAAUCAGCCGCCAAAAGUAAGAAGCAAAAUUUGGCAGACGACACAAUUCAAGGUCUUGGCCCAUCAUGCAAUUAUUUGAAGUUUAUCAUCAAUACGGCGCCCGGUGAUGUAUAUAAAAAUACUUCAAUCCCAUUGCCCGCUUCGGUUUGGCAUUAUGACGAAGAUCGACAAACUUAUGUAAAUGAGGUUGACGUUGAAGAGUUCCUUAGAGGGGCGUGCCUCAACAUUUCAGUGAUCCAAGUCUAUAUGAUGUGUUUAUUCCACGAACACACCUUUGCAUUUGACAACUCUCAGAUUGGGUUUGUUUGUCCCGAGGCAAUGUCAAGCUCUAGAAUCAAGGCCAACCCUCAGGCUGCAUCAAUGUAUUUGAAAGUAGUUUUCAAUGCUGAAAUUGAAAAGGAGAAGAAGGGUGAUCCUAACAUUACCAAGUGGUUUUUGAUCCCAUACCAUCAAGAAAAUCAUUGGAUUUUGUACGUGUUAGACCUACGUAGAGGUUGUGCGUAUAUUUUCGACUCUGCGAUAGGUUCCAACCGAGAAAAUAGUGCAUGGGGAAUCUUGUGUUUGGCAUACCAAGUGUACAAGUUUAAUGAUGGGAUUUGUCCGAAUAGAGCGACUAUGCAGGGGUUGAAAGGCUUCCAUGUAAAGUGUGCUCAACAAGUCGGCGCCCGCGAGUGUGGCUAUUACGUUAUGAAGUUCAUGCAUGAAAUAGUCACGUUACACCAUAACACUGAUGAGCGGUUAGACAAUGCUUACACUCCAAGAAAUGCGCCUUAUACCGAUGAGGAAAUAGAUGUGGUUCGUGAGCAAUGGGCUAAGUUUUUUACAACCGAGUAUUUAUUUACUUAGGUUGUUUAGACACAAAGAUGGAAGCGUUUAUAUCUUCAUGGAUUUGGUAAAGUUCUUUAAUUUUUCCAUAAUUACAAGUCUGCUGGAUUUGCUAAUUUAUUGCUUUGAAUACUAAUCUGCUGGUCUUGCUGCUGUUGCAUGUGAAUUCUGAUCUGGUGGUCUU